GGGCGGGAUGAGGGGCGGUUCCGGGCCUGGGCAGCAGGUUAGUACUGGCCAGGCUUCUAACGCAGGGUUCUUCUGUUGGCAGUUGUCUCAGUGCAUUCUUUUCGGGGCCAGGGUCCAGGAUGGAGGAGUCCUGGUGGUGGGAGGCUGCCUGUCGGAGGGCAAGAGACAGCCUGGGGAUUGGCCCUGAACGCUGAGGUGUAUCUGUAACGUGGGGCUUGAACUCAGGAACCCAACAUCAAGAGUCGCAUGCUCUACCAACUGAGCCAGACAGGCACCCUGAAAAUCAAGUCUCUAUAAGAAGGAUGAGCAUUACUUCAGGAGAGUCCCCAGUUUUGUGUGUGAACAAGAUGGAGGCUGAUCUGUCUGGCUUUAACAUUGAUGCUCCCCGUUGGGACCAGUGCACUUUCCUGGGGCGGGUGAAGCACUUCUUCAAUAUCACAGACCCUCGCACUGUCCUGGUACCAGAGCGGGAGCUGGACUGGGCCAAGGUGAUGGUGGAGAAGAGCAGGAUGGGUGUUGUGCCCCCAGGCACCCAAGUGGAGCAGCUGCUGUAUGCCAAGAAGCUGUACGACUCAGCCUUCCAUCCUGACACCGGGGACAAGAUGAAUGUCAUCGGGCGGAUGUCCUUCCAGGUCCCUGGUGGCAUGAUCAUCACGGGCUUCAUGCUCCAGUUCUACAGGACGAUGCCGGCUGUGAUCUUCUGGCAGUGGGUGAACCAGUCCUUCAAUGCCUUAGUCAACUAUACCAACAGGAAUGCAGCUUCCCCUACAUCGGUCAGGCAGAUGGCCCUCUCCUACAUCACAGCCACAACCACCGCGGUGGCCACUGCUGUGGGCAUGAACAUGUUGACAAAGAGAGCUCCACCCCUGGUGGGCCGCUGGGUGCCCUUUGCCGCUGUGGCUGCUGCUAACUGUGUCAACAUCCCAAUGAUGCGACAGCAGGAACUCAUCCAGGGCAUCUGCGUGAAGGACGGAAAUCACAAUGAGAUUGGUCAUUCCCGGAGAGCUGCGGCCAUAGGCAUCACCCAAGUGGUCAUUUCUCGGAUCACCAUGGCAGCCCCUGGCAUGAUCUUGCUGCCAGUCAUCAUGGAAAGGCUGGAGAAGCUGCGUUUCAUGAAGAAAGUCAAGGUCCUGCAUGCCCCAUUGCAAGUUCUGCUGUCGGGGUGCUUCCUCAUCUUCAUGGUGCCAGUGGCCUGUGGGCUCUUCCCACAGAAAUGUGAAUUGCCAGUUUCUUAUCUGGAACCAGAGCUCCAAGACGCCAUCAGAGCCAAGUAUGGAGAACUUGUGCCUUAUGUCUACUUCAAUAAGGGCCUCUGAAUGCCCCACCCCAGUAAGGACCAGUCUGUGCCCAUAUUCACCAGCUCCUCAGCUGCUCUGUAUACCUGUCCCCUCAUUCCUCUGCCCACAGGCCCUGAAGGCCAGGGUGGAUUUGGGAGGUGGGGAGCCUCGUGUUUUCACCCAGGCUUAUUGGACUCCAGAGGAUAAAAGUGAACAAGGGGAGCAAAAGCCAAGUCUUCUAUCUGUUCCUCCCUUAACCACCAUCCCCUGGAGACCAGGAGCUGAGACCCCCUGAGGGAGAUACUCAGACCAUUUGGAAAAAUUAGGAAACUCUGGGGAUUCUAGUUCCAGCCAGGACUGGGGAAGAGCCCCUGGGACAAAAAGAUGCUCUUAGUCCUCUUCUCUUCCUCCUCAUCUUGUCUCAUGCUAUGAAACUUUUUACCCUUGCAAUUCUAGCCAACUCAGGAAGGGAGGGGAAGAAGCCUUUGCCAACGUGGGGCUCUUCUCUGUUCUUUCUCAUUCUCGUCCCCAGUGUCCCCUGGUCAGAAAGCGUCCUUGGGAGUGCUGCUAAACUUGAGAUAGUCAGGCUGUUUCAUGAGGCAGCAAAGUUUCAUGGUGCUUUAAGCCCUAUUGACACUGACUUUGAUCUCCUAUGCUAAAAUCAUGUCUGAUUUUGCUUCUCUGUGUUUGAAAAAUAAGUCCACUAACUGUGAGUAAAAAGAAUAUAUGUAGGCAUUAACAGCACAUUUUAAUGGGUAUAUUUUCCUAGCUGCCUCCCUUCUCAGCCCAUUGGGUUAAACACCAAAGACUAGUGUGUUCUGAAUAGGAAAGAGAAGUUUUAUUUGGAUACCUCCGAGAAGUAACCAACCAGGACCAAAGAGCCUUAAAGGACACACAGCAAAGUGCAGCCAUUUGCCCGUCCCAUCUUGGCUGCUGUAGGUGACUUUUCAGGCUCGGGGUGGGGUGGGGGUGGAAGGAGACCAUUGUGGCUUACGAGGGAUCAAUGUCUGAGUUUCAUCUAGUAGAAUUUCCUGACCGUUCAAAGGAUAUCACUGUGAAUCAAAUAAAUUUCUUGAAAGAGUGUAA